AUGUCUUUGAUGGGCACAGAAUCUACCUUAUCAGUCAAAACUCCAACUCUUAUUUUGGCUUUACCGUUACCGGAAGACGAACAAGACGAUGAUCAAAUCGAUGAUGAAUAUGAAUUUAUAGACUUUGGUGCACCACAAAUGGAAACUGUUAUUGUGUCGAUGAUCAUAACAGCAUCUGUUGCGUUAAGUCUUCUUAUCUGUUAUCGUCGUGCUAACAGAUUGAUCCCCAAUGGAAUAUACUUUGCCUUACAACCACGACAUAAUCCAGAUGAAGAUCUGUCUUUACGGACUGGUUUGUUACAAGAGGAAGACGAAGAUGCCACCCAAUUGGAUGAUCGAAUGCUGGACACUAUUAGAUACCGAGACGAUGACGAUAGCAUCGAGGACGUGAGUGCAUCGAAAAAUCAAGAACGAUCCUUUAUAGAUGAUAGUAACAAGCCAUCUGAAAACCAGGGCAACAUGCGUAAUGAUUUUGGUGUAUUUAGUAUUGCAGAUGAAGAUGACUAA